ACUUUUUUCGGAAAUGACGGAAACUAGUCUUGUUCUGUGCUUUUAUUCUGAAGGGCUAACCGGAAACAUCUAAUAGCAGCACGUUCUGUGGGAACUUUCAAGAGAAGAAGAGCGUGUUUUCAGUUGAUGGAUCCAGACGCAGCUUUGGUUCCGGUUCGGCACCAGAGAAUAUGCCUGCCAGAGACCGAGCUGGACUUCUCCGGUUCGCUGUACUCGGUGUCGGUGCUGAAAGUGGGCUACUGCGUCCCUCAAAGCGACGGGACGUUCAAGGCGGACGGAACCAUCAGCCUCAUUCGGGGACCCAAGACGGUUCUCGUGGACACCGGCGGUUCGUGGGACCGGGACUUCCUGCUCCGGGCUCUGAAGGACAGGGGGCUGCGGCCGGAGGACGUGCAGGUGGUCGUAGGCACCCACGGACACUCGGACCACAUCGGUAACCUGAGCCUGUUUCCUGCAGCUCUGACCAUCGUGGGCUAUGACGUCAGCGAGGGAGACACGUAUCAACCUUCGGGUCUGGCAGAGGGGCGUGUCCACUUGAUGGAUGAACAAGUUUCCGUUGUUCCCACCCCCGGACACACGGGUCAGGACGUGAGCGUGCAGGUGACCGGCACCUCUGCGGGGACGGUGCUCAUCGCGGGGGAUCUGUUCGAAAGCUGCUCGGACGAAGAGACGUGGAGGAAGCUGAGCCUGAACCCUGCAAUGCAGGAGGCCAGUCGCCAGAGGGCGCUGCAGAGCGCAGACAUCAUCAUCCCUGGACACGGACCUCCUUUCAGAGUCAUGAGGAGCUGACACACUUUUUUUAUUUAUUUAUUCCCAAAAGCAAAGCAGGAGCACAGCAAGUCCAAAGGGAGUGCAGUCACACUGCUGAUGUGAGGUGAAGACGGAGAAUCACAGCCAUGAAGGUCUGGACAUAGAAGUAUCUCCUCAAACGCCAAAAUAGACUGAGCAGUUAUCUAACCAUUCCCAGCUUCAAAGUCCGAAUCAUUUGUGAUAAUCAGGUAUGAUAUCUGAAAUACAAACCUCAGUCUGA